AUGGGUGUAAAAGUCCAAGAUGUCAAAUCUAUGAGCUUCAGUCCUAGAACACACGUGGAAAGUAUGCCAUCUGAAGUCAUCACAGAGAAGAAUGUCCUUGGUAUGAAACCAGCAGAAAUGAGCCUACAAGAAUCAUCAGUUCUUCCUUUGGUCCUUCAAAAUCUACCCUCUGAUAAGACAGGGGACAGCAAGGGAACCAGGUAUCCUGAUAUCUGGAGCAUGAAUGUCUUAUCUAAGGAAGAAAGUGGAAAGAAGAAAAUGGAGGAAUUCCAGAGGUAUUCUUCAUACCCAUUCAGAUUACUAUCCCAGGAGUUUCAGGCAGGAUUAGAGGCUCGAAGAAGCGCUAUCGCUAUCCAUUCUUUCCUGGGCAUACAGCAGAAUGUCUGGGAAAGCCAUGUCUGUAGGCAGAGACUACCUAGGAAAUACCUCUCCAGUAUGCUAAUGCUGGGGAAUGUCCUGGGAACCACUAUGGAAAGGAAGCCUUGUUCUCAACCCUUUUCAAUAGAAAGAUUCACUAUGGACAGCUGUCAGUCCAUCGAAAAUUUAUUUGGGGUUCCAGCUGAACUGAUGGCAUUUUCCCAAAGCCUGCUAGACAGGGUUCCAAGGACCAUGUCUCAGACGUCAGUGGAUAAAAAGUACAUACAGAGACAUAUUUUAUUUCACAGUAAUGAGAAGAAAAUGCCACUGAAGAUGUGGACCCGCGGCUCCACAUCUUCCAUAAUACAGAGAUUCUCUGGCACAAGAUUGGGAGUAAGGAAACCAAGCUCAAAAUCCCACAAUAUUAUCCAGGAAGCCACUGAGCAUGUGUCCGUCUCAUGUACCGGGACCUGGUUUCCUGACUUGAUGAGAUCAGAGAUGCUUUACACUAGGGAAGAUUCUGUUUCCAGGGAGCAGAGUAAAAUCUCACCAUGUGCACCGAGUAGGACUUUUGAGUCUCAGCAUUCCCUCAAAACUAGUUCUCUCUCCCAGUCAAACACCGAUAACUCAGAACAUCUUCUAAGAGAACUCAAGUUAAAAAUAGCAGGAAAACUCAUAAGAAGUCAAAUACCCCACAAUGUCCCUCUAGAUUCAGGUCUUGUCCUAAAGUAUCCAAUAUGCUUAGAAUGUGGCCGAUGUUCAGGCCUUAAUUGCUCUCAUAAGUUACAGUCUACUUGGGGGCCGUACCUUCUCAUCUACCCAAAGCUCCACCUUUUAAACAGCCCUGAAGGCCAUGGUGAUGUUCAAUUGCAUCUUGGAUUUAAAUUAGGGUAUCCACAGAAGGGUAGUGCAUCACCAUCACAUAGAGAAGCUAAAUUCUCUAAGCUGGCUUCCAACCAUCCUGACUAUGGAAGCAAUCAGGAUGAAACAUGGAUUAAAUCAAGCCUCAGAAAGACCUCUGUCUUGACAGAUCCUUUGAAGAAAUUUGUCAAGGGACCUAAAACACAAAACACAGGGCUAUACAAAAUCAGUCCUAGAACACUGAGGGGUCUGUCAAGAAACAGAAUUGAAACCCCCCAAACAAGCACUGUUUCUUCCAAGACACAACCUGAGAAAUCCUCUCAGCCCAAAAUCAUCCAACCGCUUGUUCAAGGCCUAAGGCAGGCAUUCCAAGCAGCACAUAGAAUUGUGACUUUUAUGAGCCAGAAAUUGAAGAAGAUGAGGCCAGACAAGUUGUGCUCAGUCAACAACUUGCACCACAACAAAAGUGCCAAUUGUUAUUACUUCAUGGGAGAUAGCGAAGGAGCGAGGACACCAGCUGUCAGGCUCAGGUCAACAGGCUCAAGCGCUAAGCAAAAGGACACGUGGCAGGGAGGAAGAGAGCGUGGUAGACAAGCUCCAGAGCCCAAACCAGCGAGCUCUCUCCCACCCAGACCCUUGCAAACGCAGAAGACCAUGGUUUGUGGAAGAGAUGACUUAAGUCCCCAAAAUAAAUGA